GCGCCGCAGCCGCCGGCCGGCCCGCAGACUCCGGCGCCCGCGCCCCCGAUCCGCGCGCAGAGCAGCCCCAGGCCGCACGAGAGCUCCCGCCAUGGCCAUGGGGCUCUUCCGGGUGUGCCUGGUGGUGGUGACGGCCAUCAUCAACCACCCGCUGCUGUUCCCGCGGGAGAACACCACCAUCCCUGAGAACGAGGAGGAGAUCAUCCGCAAGAUGCAGGCACACCAGGAGAAGCUGCAGCUGGAGCAGCUGCGCCUGGAGGAGGAGGUGGCACGGCUGGCGGCCGAGAAGGAGGCCCUGGAGCAGGUAGCGGAGGAAGCGCAGCAGCCGAACGACACCCGCGCAGCCUGGGACCUCUGGAGCACCCUCUGUAUGAUCCUCUUCCUCAUCAUCGAGGUGUGGCGGCAGGACCACCAGGACGGGCCCUCCCUUGAGUGCCCGGGCGGCGAUGAGGAUGAGCUGCCCGGGCUAGGGGGCACCCCGCUGCGGGGCCUCACCCUGCCCAACAAGGCCACCCUCAGCCACUUCUAUGAGCGCUGCAUCCGGACAGCCACGGCCGACGCUGCUCGCACCCGGGAGUUCGUGGAAGGCUUUGUGGAUGACCUGCUGGAAGCCCUGCGGAGCCUCUGCAACAGGGACAGUGACAUGGAGGUAGAGGACUUCAUCGGCGUGGACAGCAUGUACGAGAACUGGCAGGUGGACAGGCCACUGCUCUGCCACCUCUUUGUGCCCUUCACGCCCCCGGAGCCGCACCGCUUCCACCCAGAGCUCUGGUGCUCCAGCCACCCGGUGCCCCUGGAUCGCCAGGGCUAUGCCCAGAUCAAAGUGGUCCGGGCCGACGGAGAUGCCCAGGGCUGCGUCUGCGGCAAGACCAAGCUCGGGGAAGACAUGCUGUGUCUCCUCCACGGCAAGAACAAGACGACGCAGCCCGAAGACAGCCGUAUGGAAGACCUGCUGUGUGCCAGAGAGUCCCCGUACCUGGACACCAUGCAGGUCAUGAAGUGGUUCCAGACGGCCCUCACCAGAGCCUGGCACCGCAUCGCCCACAAGUACGAGUUCGACCUGGCCUUUGGCCAGCUGGACACCCCAGGGUCUCUCAAGAUCAAGUUCCGCUCGGGGAAGUUCAUGCCCUUCCACCUGAUCCCUGCGAUCCAGUGUGACGACUCGGACCUGUACUUUGUCUCCCACCUUCCCAGGGAGUCUUCCGGGGAGACCACGGCCUGCAGCACGGACUGGCUCCUGUCCUUUGCGGUCUACGAGCGCCACUUCCUGAGGAUGAUGCUGAAGGCCUUACCGGAGGGCGCCUGCCACCUGAGCUGCCUGCAGAUCGCCUGCUUCCUGCUGUCCAAGCAGAGCCGUCUGACGGGCCCCAGCGGGCUCAGCAGCUACCACCUGAAGACGGCCCUGCUGCACCUGCUGCUCUCCCGGCGGGCCGCCGACUGGCAGGCCGCGCAGCUCGCCGCACGUCUGCACGAGCUGCUGUGCUUCCUGGAGAAGAGCCUGCUGGAGAAGAAGCUCCAUCACUUCUUCCUCGGCAACCGCAAGGUGCCCGAGGCUGUGGGACUCCCGGAGGCCAUGCACAGGGCCGAGCCUCUCAACCUGUUCCGACCCUUCGUCCUGCAGCGAAGUCUCUACCGUAAGACAGUGGACUCCUUCUACGAGAUGCUGAAGAAUGCCCCGGCACUUGUGACCGAGUAUUCCCUACACGUCCCCUCAGACCAUACCAUCCUGCCCCCAAAAGCUGUCGUCCUGUAGAGCACGUGGCACUUGAGGGCCAGGAUGGGGGGCCUCUCACGUCCACAGCCCAUGGUACCUGCAAGCCCCGUCCUGGGAACACGGCAGGCUUGGCUGGAGCCGAGGUUCAGCCUGCCACGAAGCCGGGCCCUAUACCGUGUAGACAAAACAGAAUAGCAGCUGGUUCACUCUCGUGCCAUUGGGGCCUGCUGGCUAUAGGCGGCCGGGGUUUGGAGACUGAGUCUGUGCAGUGUACUUUGGGAGCACCUCGGGUGGCCGAGAUGAGUGACAGGACACUCUGGACCCCGAGUUGGAGCGAAUACAAAUGUUGAUUUGGGUACAAUUCAUUCCGCUCGUCAGGAGAGGAUCUACGAGUGAGCUGGCAGAGACCCAGGUUAAGACCUGGCACACCUGUCUCCUGGGACCCCUGGCUCAGCCCUCCAGGCCAAACCCCUGACAGACAGAGGUGGGACUUCCCAGCCUUUGAUCCUUAUGCUGCACAACAGUUGGGGUCCCAUGGCGACUGCCACUUUCUGUUCUUUAUGCUAUUUGGAGAAAAGACUCAGUGACCCAUGAAUGUUUCCACUCCGCAGAACUGGGUCCUUGGUGGCAGAGAGGAGCUGAGAGUUGGCCACCUUGUUAACUACAGGAGUGUCCUCUUCUCCAGUGUGCUGUAGCCUGAGCACUGGUGGGUGCCCUUUACGUGCUGGGUGCCCGCUCAGCGGCCGCUCGCCUUUCUGUCUGUCCUGGCCAGUGCUGGUCUCUGUGACUGCCCAUCCAUGGCAGAGGCAGGACACUGCCAAAGGUGGAGGCUGGUCCCAAGAGAGGCACAAAGAGACAGGGCAAGGGACAGAGCCCAGUACCACAAUGCUGAGGUCUGCUUGUGAUCUGGCCCGGUACAAAAUCGCAGAGCCAGAGGGUGAGGGCUGCUACAGCCUGGGUGGUCCUUGGGGCCCCAAUCCUAGGGCUCGGCCUGCUUGGCACCACGAGCACCAGCCUGCAGGCCUCAGACCACCCCCUCCCCCAGUUCCUCACUGCACAGGACCCACCCUUUGUCCAUGGGCCUUGCUGACCACACAGAUGACCAGACCCAAAGAGCCCAGCAGAGGGGACCCAGAGAGACAUCCUUGUCAGCACAGCCACCUGAGGCCGCCUCAGCCCCCUGGGGACUGUGCACAGAGGGCUGCAUCUCUGGGCCUGCUUCAGGAGGGCCCAGCAGCCUGUGCACCUCCACUGUGGCUUCACUGGCCCUCAGGAGUGCCCCUGUCACCUUUGCCUGAGUAACCCUCACAGGGGACCAAAGUAGGAGGAGGACGCAAGAGCAGGGAGCGCAGCCACACCCGCACUUUCCUGCCAGCAUCUGACCCGGCCACGCCUCCCAAACAGCAUAACCAAGUGGACAGGGUGCCCGGACGAGCUCUCACCCAGCCUCAGAAAGCUCUGGAAGGUGGACCGUGGGCAUGCCAGGAGACUCGGCAGUGACCGGGGCCACGGGGCCUGUGGGAAGUCCCGCUGUGUGACCUGAACAGGUGCUGGGUCUGCCUGUCUGAAGUCACAACCGCCAGCCGGUCGCCCCUGGGAAUGCACCUGCUCAAGUGCACCUCUUCCAACAGCCCCGAGCCCCCUCUCUGUUCCAUCAGGACUCAUUUCCAGAACCAGAAUCGUUUUCCUUAUUUAUUACUACCUGUGCCUUGCCCCCUCUUCAUCUGUAUCCCGUUGUGCUUUGAAGAGACCCCAGUAACCGAGAGCCGACAGCCAGGAGCCAAGCCUGAGCCUGGAUCUCCCCCGGCCUCCCCUGUGCUGCACAGAAUCCCUUCCGGCUUCUUGUUUAUGCAGACAACAGGACUCGGUGGGAAACAGGCAUCUUUUAUGCACCAGCGCUGCUUCUGAGGCAGAGGCAGACGGCAGUGGGGCUCCGGGCGCCUCAUGCUGCCUUAUUUAUACUAAGCGGAGAAUUAAAUUCUUACAAGGAGUAGAAACAGUCAUGGUGUUUGUUCUUAC